GCUAGGGGACAGUGCAAACAGCUACAUCUUCAGUUUGGCCCAGAAUGUGGCCUUUUCAAUAAUACGCGGUAAUACGACGUUCUCAUAAACCUAAUCGAGCUUUUUUUUAAAGACGCAAAUUGUUUUGUUUAACUUGUUCUUUGCAAACUGAUGGCGAUGUUGUAAUGUGAUGCAGCUAUUUGUGACGGUUUGUUGAUCAGGUGAAGCGGACGGAACCGAGGAGGAGACUCCGAAGAGGUGCUGCAUGUUUACUUUAUUUCAAACAACUUUUUCAAGUUACUGAACCUGACAACUUCAAACUGGCUGAAAUGGACGAACAAAGUGUUGAGAGCAUUGCUGAGGUGUUUCGCUGCUUCAUCUGCAUGGAGAAACUGAGGGAUGCACGCCUCUGUCCCCACUGCUCCAAACUCUGCUGCUUCAGCUGCAUUCGGCGAUGGCUGACUGAACAGAGAGCCCAAUGUCCACAUUGUCGAGCUCCACUGCAGCUGAGGGAACUGGUGAACUGUCGCUGGGCCGAGGAGGUCACUCAGCAGCUGGACACCCUGCAGCUCUGCAGUCUCACCAAACAUGAGGACAAUGACAAAGACAAAUGUGAAAACCACCAUGAGAAGUUGAGUGUUUUCUGCUGGACCUGUAAGAAAUGCAUCUGCCACCAGUGUGCCCUCUGGGGAGGAAUGCACGGCGGCCACACCUUCAAGCCUUUGGUGGAGAUUUAUGAACAGCACGUCACCAAGGUGAAGGAGGAAGUGGGAAAACUGCGACGUCGCCUGAUGGAGCUCAUUAGUUUGGUGCAGGAAGUGGAGAGAAACGUGGAGGCUGUGAGGGGAGCGAAGGACGAGAGGGUGAGGGAGAUCCGGAACGCGGUGGAAAUGAUGAUUGCUCGUCUGGACAACCAGCUGAAGAACAAACUUAUCACUCUCAUGGGCCAGAAGACGUCUUUGACCCAGGAGACGGAGCUGCUGGAAUCCCUACUGCAGGAGGUGGAGCAUCAGCUUCACUCGUGCAGUAAGAGUGAAUUGAUCUCUAAAAGCCCAGAGAUCCUGCUCAUGUUCCAGCAGGUCCACCGUAAACCCAUGCAGUCGUUCGUCACCACGCCGGUCCCACCGGACUUCACUAGUGAGCUGGUUCCUGCUUAUGAUUCCAGCACUUUUGUACUCAUCAACUUCAGCACUUUGAGGCAGAGGGCCGACCCAGUCUACAGUCCUCCACUGCAGAUAUCUGGCCUUUGCUGGAGGCUUAAAGUUUACCCAGAUGGUAACGGCGUUGUCCGUGGAAACUAUCUGUCUGUGUUCCUUGAGCUGUCUGCUGGACUUCCUGAAACCUCAAAAUAUGAGUACCGUGUUGAGAUGGUGCACCAGGCGUCCAGAGACCCGACCAAGAACAUCAUCCGAGAGUUUGCUUCAGACUUCGAGAUUGGUGAAUGUUGGGGCUACAACCGCUUCUUCAGACUGGACCUGCUGGCCAGCGAGGGCUACUUGAACAUGCAGACCGACACGCUGGUCCUUCGCUACCAGGUUCGCUCACCUACAUUUUUCCAGAAGUGCAGAGAUCAGUACUGGUACAUCAGCCAGUUGGAGUCAGCUCAGAGCGGCUACAUACAACAGAUCAACAACCUCAAAGAGAGGCUGGCCAUUGAGUUGUUUCGCCGUCAGACAUCCCGCAGCUCCUCGCCCCCUGACCUGAGACUGACUGCAGGCACUGCAACGUCUGAGAGAGACCCUGGCUCAGUAAAGAGUGAUGACGAUGCCCAGACCACUCUGAGCAACUCUAAAAAAGGAGAAGAGGAGGAGAGAACGCAGCAUGACGACUCAAAUGAACUGUCUGACGGAGACCUGGAGGUGGAUUGCCUCACUGAGGAGGAGGUGAACCCGCUGGAUGGCAGCAGCACCUCAGGAAGCUCCACAGCCACCAGCAACACUGAGGAGAACGACAUAGACGAGGAGACCAUGUCAGGGGAAAAUGAUGUAGACUUCAUGGGAAACCUGGAGGCAGAAGAAGGAGAGCUUUCUGAAGACCUGGCUGGAGCCACAGGUGGAUUCAGCUCCAGCAUGCUCUCAUCGCAUCGAGGCGCGACUGCAGGUCGUAGCAGCAGCGGGGGCGCAGCUUCUGCUGCUCCCGUUGGGGGUGCUCUUGGGCCAGGCAGCAGCAGCCUUCUGGAAAUCGAUCCAGUCAUCCUGAUCCAACUGCUGGACCUGAAGGAGCGCAGCAGCGUGGAAUCUCUGUGGGGCCUCCAGCCUCGACCUCCGGUGUCUCUGCUCCACAGCCAAGCCCACGCUCACACCAGAAAAGAACGGGAGCGGCGACCACAGGUGGUGCGGCGAUCAGCUCCGGACUCAGGAGUCUUGAUCCGCCUCAAGGCGCAGAUGGCGGAGGUCCGCAGCAAGAUGGCCGACGUCAAGAGUCAGGUUCUGGAAACGCGCGAGUCUGGGGAGCCCAGACCCGGCCCAUCUGGUGGCUUCGGCAUGGAGGAGGCUUCGGCUCAUUCUGCCAGUCCAGAGCUGCCAGCUUGUCACAAGGGUGACGCUCUGGAGCAGGUGGGGCAAGCAGCUGCGACCCGGUCCAAGGUCUGCCGACCCACCAGGAAGUCUCUGUCUCCCGUUCUGGAUAGCAACGGAGGGUCUCUGCUUGUGAAAAGGCUGAGUUUCGAGGACUUGAAGGACGACCUCAGAGGAGCAGAGUCCGCUGCAGAGCUCAGCCUGCACCCUACAGAUGGGACAGGAGCUGGAGAUGGAGAGCUCCAGUCUGAAGCCACCAGUGGACCCCUUGUGUCUCUGAGCUCCUCCUUGUCAGAUCAAGCAUCCACCAGCACCAAGCAAAAGUGCUCAGCAGAGAAACAGCUGUACGGUGCGUCUGGGUCAAGAGACGAGAUCUUCUCCCUGGGAGGACCGAGCUACAUAACUGCCAGCAAGGCCUGCAGCGGCAGGACUCUGGGGGCCACUGUGUUGGAGUGUGAGCCGGAAAGCUCGAGAAACUCCCAUCAGUCCUUGCUGGAGGGAAUUUCUGCGCCAGCGCAGUCAAGUGAGGAUCAGUCGUCAUCUGUGUUGGUAGCAGCAACCAGCAGUGACAGCGACACCGAGGACGAGGCUCUGCAGAGCAGCAAGUCCCGAUAUGACAACCACACUUCUCCUUGUACAGGAGAACCGCUCCUGUCAGACAACAAUGGACUUCCUGCCAUCAGGUGAUGUCUUAGGAAUCCAAACACGAAAUCCACAAUGGCCACAAACAUUGAGACUGGCAUGUAGAGUAUAAACACGAGCAACAAUCGUUCAUCUUUGUCCUGCCGAUUCUCAGACUGGGACCAAGACGCAAUAUGUUCAUGAGUAUGAGUAAACAAAGUCAGAGAUUUCAGAGAUUCAAGUGGCAAACAUACUUUCAUUUAUUUAUGAAGUAUUACCUUAUGUAAUUAAGUAUAUGAUCCACUUUUGUUUAUCAUUGUAUUUCUCACUUUUUCUGUGUUUGAUUGGAAUGGUUUUCAUUAUCCAGAUGUUUUAUAGUAUCUUGUCCACACUGCAAAAACACAAAAUCUUACCAAGUUCCAAGUUGCUAUGUAAUGGCCCACUGCCCCUUGAUUGUGAAAUAUGGGCUACUGGAUUUACAAUACAAGUGUAAUACCAGUGCAAAUAGUACCGUUUCUUAAGUAUAAAGGAAUUAUCGACUCAAAAUAAGCUCCUGUGUUUUGUAGAAAAGUUCCUUGUAAGUUAGUUUUGUCUCAUUUUAAGUGUAUUAAGAUACUUGCACUAGAAACUAGUCUACAAUACUUGGUAAGAUUGAGUUUUUGUAGUGCAUGAAAGUGCUCUGUUUUGUUUCUUUGUUUUUCCAGCAGGAUCACGAUUUGAAGUAUCGGUUAAGCAGAUUAAAAGCUUCCAAAAGCUGAACUACACAGGGUUUUUCCCCCUUUAAUUUCUGAAGUUAACUAUUAGAGUUUUUAUUUAUGUAACAGCAUGGUGGUUACAGUUAUUCUCUUGGAUUUGAAAACUGCUAUUCUCAGAUAUGUACAAUAAAACUUUGAUGCUUUCUGCACCUUUACAAAUCGGAUGUUUAAUUUAUCAUCACUAUGUGUUAGAAGCCACCUCACUUCAUAAACUUGAGAUGUGAUGAUUUGUUUCAUGUGAAAACUAAGAAAUCUAAGUAUAUUUUCUGUUAAUUAGUAAGUAGUAGACAAAUGAAAACUGGACCUUGUCACUUUGAUCGGCGGAGGCUAAGAGUUUAAAAAGGAGGCAUGAUAUAAUGCAUGUUACAUUUGCACCCACACCCAAUACACAGUGAGGCAAAGAAGCUGGCUUUUCUACCUGGAGCAAUUUCACCACUCAUACCAAGUAAAGGGGUAAAACAAGAAAUAAAACAUUAUUUACACAAACAGCACAAAACCAAUAACUGGUAUAAAUAAAUAUUUACAUGCAUGCAAAUCAUUACAACUAAACUAAUCUACGGUCAGUCAAAGCAUAAAUUCAACUUAAUAUAAAAUUAAUAUAAAUACUCAGAGCAUUAUCCCUCCUAAUUGACAUGGUUUGCUCCAGGAGCUUUUCAGCAGUACCUGGAGCAUCUGUCUCCCUUUUGUGCUCCACCCUGCUGAGGAGACACACUGGGAAAGGUGAGCUCUCAAACAAUUAGCAAGCUCAAAUUAAAGUUAUCAGAAACAAACUGACAUUUCCCCCACAUUCUCCCUGUACAGGAAAGAUGGCCAGUCUCCCUACCUGAAAGAAUGUUUAACUAAAUCCCACAAUGCAACUGAAAUAAAGAACUGAAACAGGAAACAUUUGGUCUGUAAAUAAAUUAAACAUAACAUCAACACUCUUUUAUUAGUGAUGAACCCCUGGUCUCCAUCACAGACUUACAGGUGGAAAGUAAUUCUAGGGACUGAACUGGUUUGAUGUGUUCUAUUUGUGAACAGGUGUUAGAAAAGUGUUUAUUUUCUGGAAUGCAGCACAUCUCCAGCAUUAAUGGUUGGUUACUAUGUAACAUGUUCUUGCUGCUGACUUUAAACAGAACAGAAGUGGAUAAUUGAGGUCGAUGCUGUAACCUUAGCUAUAAACAUACAUUGACAUUAGGAUGUUUUACAUCUUUCUGGAUUUCUAACUCAUCCAACCCUUAAAUAUUCUGUCAUUAGUUUACAUUGUAAAUAUUUGAGUAUAUAUUGGAGCCUAUUUUUGAUAAGGCUUGCUUUAGACUGGAGUCCAUGUCUUUGCUGACUUGACUAAAAGUAGAUUGAAGGAAAAAUCAGUUGCCGUGUUUUUUCUGUUUCUGCAUCUGAACAAAUGGCAGCAGGAUUCUCACCAUGUACUGUUGUCUGAUUUCCAUUUCUGCCAAAAGCUGCUUUUAUUUUGAAUGUUCGUAGAAUGCAACACACAUUAUUCUGUGGAUAUUUUCUGUCUAAUAAAUAAAAUGUUUUAUAGCACACAAAAAAUA